UAGAUAGACCGGAAACAUCUGAUUUCUAUCCCCGACCUUUCUUGUUCGGGAGCUAAUCACAGUCGCCCGAAAACGCAAGAACGAGCCGAGUCAUCAAAUAUUCAAAAUCAACUCAUCCACCCCUUGUUUACAACCCUGAAAAACCCUAAUUCCAUCUUCCCCCAAAUCACACUCCACAGUUGAUACAAUUUUACUGCAUGGCUUCACCAGGCAAACCUCGGAAGGAAAACGACCGCCCGCCGGCCGCGAUUCUCCACCAGCCAGCUUCUCCUCGCUUCCCUUCCGGAACUCCCACCGCAGGCGCCCAGCGCAAGGUCGCCAUCGCAGUAGAUCUCAGUGAUGAGAGCGCCUACGCCGUCAAGUGGGCUGUCCAGAAUUACCUCCGGCCGGGCGACGCCGUCAUUCUCCUACACGUGCGCCCCACCUCCGUCCUGUACGGCGCUGAUUGGGGCGCCGUCGACGUCUCCGUCGACACCGCCGACGAGAAAUCGCAGCAGAAACUGGAGGACGAUUUCGACAAUUUCACUACGAGCAAAGCGAAUGACUUGGCGCAGCCGUUGGUGGAGGCGUCUAUUCCGUUCAAGAUCCAUAUUGUGAAGGAUCAUGAUAUGAAGGAGAGGCUUUGCUUGGAGGUGGAGAGGCUAGGGCUAAGUGCGGUGAUCAUGGGGAGUAGGGGAUUCGGAGCGUCGAGGAGGAGUAGUAAAGGGAGGCUGGGGAGUGUGAGUGAUUAUUGCGUGCAUCACUGCGUGUGCCCCGUGGUCGUGGUGAGGUUUCCGGAUGAGAAAGAUGAUGUAAGUGGGGGCUCGGCAAAGCCACUGGACAAGGAUACCUCUGCUCUGCAUCCGGUGCCUGAGGAGGAGGAACCGCUCUUUCUUGAUGCUUCUGAUCAGAAUGCAGACGAGUAUAGUGACGGAAUGUGCACCUGCAAGAUGGAAAAAUUGCGAGUUGCAUUUGAAAGCAUGGUCAUGUUGGGUAAACAGUGGGGUUUCAGCUUUAGCAGGGGACAUGGGUGUGUCGGGCUAGAAGAUCUAAAUGGUCAAAACUUGAUGUGGAGAAGACUUCUUGAGCUGAUGAUUGGAGAGGGUGGUGAGACGGUGAUCAUCAUGGAUACUUGUUUGUGUGAGAGAGGCUGUGUGCUUAUGUCAAGGUUUUUGCAUUCUGCUCGAAUGAUCAUCAUUGUUGAUGAGUUUCCUUGCUAUGUUAUAGAUCCUGAAAAUGGGGUCAUGCUAUCGAUGUGAUGUAAGUUAUCUUUCCGACUGCUCUUCGAGUUGCAUUUCAUCUUAAUGGAGAUUAUACUAAAACUAUCUCGUUUCUCUA